AUGAAUGACGGGGAUUGGAUUUGCACCGAUCCUAAUUGUGGCAACAUCAACUUUUCAAGAAGAAAGUCGUGCUAUCGCUGCAAUAAGGAACGUCCAAAUGGUGGCCAAUCUUUUAAAAAGAAAUUAGGAACAGAGAUAGGAAAAUCUGCAGCUGAAAAAUCUCGCGGCUUAUUCAACGCCGACGAUUGGCAGUGCAAUAAGUGUGCAAAUGUCAACUGGGCCCGGCGGACUACAUGCAACGUUUGUAAUGCACCAAAAUUUGGAGAAGUCGAAGCGCGAACGGGCUAUGGCGGUGGAUACAAUGAACGGGGAGUCGUCGAAUAUCGUAAAAGAGAUUCUUCGUCUGAUGAUGAAUAUGAUGAAUUUGGAAGAAAGAAAAGAAAACGCAGGGCUUCCGAAACGGUUGGCAGUCAUCAAGUAAUCAUUGAAGCACCUAUGAGAACUCUUUCGCCGACAAUGCAGAUGGCACCAGUUAAAUUAGAGAAGAAAAAACGAGGCAAUGAACUCAUAAGCUGCAUUACCAGUGAUAGUUCCAUAUCUGACCCUCUAAAGAAUUUCUGUGACGCUUCUAAGACUUUAGCUUCUCAAAAAAAGGGACGCUUUCAACCUAACUGUUUAAAACUAGUACCAAGACCUAGUCAAUUUAAACGUAAACGUUAUUCAAGUGUUAGCGAUCGUGAUUAUUCAGGAUCCAGCCAUGAUGGAAGCAAUGUCAAAAGUAAUCCUGUAAUGGAAAAUCAAGUAUCCUCUACUAAUAAUGACGUAGUGUAUAAAUUUACUGGACCCUCUCCUUCUGAAGUUUUUGAAGUCACAUAUACCAUAGAAGAAAGAGUAAAGGCAGCGGCUUAUGCUAUUGUGUACAAUAAUUGUAGAAUUAGUACAUCCAAAUUUGAGAACUUUUAUGACAAACCUGCUCCUGAUUUUAAAACGAUUUAUGCAUGGAGGCGAAAACUAUUAACUACAGGUUGCUUAGUUGACAAUCAUGUAGAGAGACAACUAGAUCUUACUUUGAAACACCAAAACAGUAAAAUAACAAAUGUUAGGCCCAAAAAGGGUUCUGUAAAACUUCCCAAUCCUGAAGAAAUACAUAUUAAUUCAGAUAGUGAGCCUGAAUCCACUCCAAACAAUGACACAUAUCACAAAUUUCUCCAGAGGUGCAAUAGUGCUGAAACAUUGUUAAUUGGAAAAAUUGAUGAUGAGAACAAAGUUGAACAUAGCAAUGAACCAGAAUUGACACACAGUCAAGCUUCAUCAACACCUAACAGAAGUAGGUCAAGCUCAAGAGAUACCAAUUAUUCUGGUUCUAAUGUUGAAUGUUUCAAAUCCAAACAAAAUAUUGUUAAAAGAACCAUCGCUCCUAAAAUGUCUCACCAAACUUCCAGUAAUAGUGAUUCUGAUUCAGUGUCAUAUCAUAGUGAAGAAGUUGAUUUUAGGUCAAGGAUUUUUGCUGACAAAAAUUCACAGAAAAAAUCCAGAAAAUCAAUAAAUAUUAAGAGUAACCAUGAUGUACCUGAUGGCAACCCUACUUUUCAGGGCUACACAACACAAAAGCAAAUUGAGAAAUCCCCAUUAAUCACUGGUAAUAUUUAUAUGCCUAGUUCUCGCCAUAUGAAUAUUAAAAACCAAGGAAGCACUUGUGAAGUAGAGGGGUCAUCUUCAGAAUAUGUUCCCACAAUAAUGGCAGCAACUGCUAAAAAACAUUAUCAAGACUUUAAAAAUAAUGUAAAGAAAAAAGGUUAUUGGGCUAAGGCUGAUGGUACUUCAUUAAACAAAAAUGCACCUGUUACAAAACGAGAACUUGGUGUUGAAUGUAGCCCUGUCAUAAAUAAUUCUUCUCAGCUACCCAAAGUGAAUAUUUCGCCUAUCUACUUAGAGACAAGCACAUUGUCUAAUCCUCCUUUUUUGAAUUAUAAAGUAUCACCAGCAAAGUCAAAUACCAAUAAAUAUGAUCCACUUAAAGCGCCAUCAAAAAUAUAUGAAUCAACUUUAAAUUUGCCUCCACCUAAGCAUGAUAUAAUAUGUAUAGAUUUUACUAAAGAUGAAAUUAAUAGCUCUGUUUGUCCAGACAAUUAUGUCUCAUUUAAUGAAGUGUCUGAAUCUAUGCCUACACCAAAUAUUUCUGAUUGCAAUUCCCGUGUAUUUGACAUUGUACAGUCGGAUACCAUAAAUAAGAGUAAAAAUAUAAUGGAGAUAUUUGACCCUGAAUUAAGAGACGAAAGUUCAGAAAAACAUUCCGAUUUUGACAAAAAUGACCAAAUUAACAAGAUUUUUGACAGCACUUGGAACGAUGAAGAUGAUGAACUGUAUAAAGAUAGCGAAACGGAAAUUAAUUUAAAUAAAGAGAAGAACACGAAAUCAAAUCUCCAAACUCAAUUACCAAGUAUAUUGCAUGACACAACAGACAUCUUAAAAGAAACCAUUAUAGAAAAAAAGCGUAAUGAAAUGUUGGAUUUACUCAAUACUUUGCAAGGCAGUGACAGUACAAGUUCUACUGAUCAUAAUAAAAAAUCUGAAAAUUUUGAAUUAAACCAAAAUAAUGGUAAAACGUCUUAUUUAAAUCUUUUAGAUAUACCAUUGCCUGGACAGAUGCCUGGAGAUGUUUCGAGCGAAAUUUUAGCAAUUUCAAAGGAAACGACAGGCCCUGAUAAAACUGCCAACAGUAAUAUUAGCCAUUCAAAAAGAAUACAAGUCUUGGAAUCAAUCACGAUCAAACCGAAAGAUAAUGCUGUUUCCCCUAAUAUAACCGGUCAACAAGAUUGUUUAAUUCCUCAAACUAGACAAGAAAGUAUCCCGGAUAAAUCACAGAUAGAAAAUCAACUGCCUCACAAUAAUAUGUCAUUAGAAAAUCCUCAAAUAGAUUUAUCUAACAUAUUGUCAAAUAUUAACACAGAUACACUCCUAAUGGCCUUACAAAAUUUGCAACACCUAUCGCAACCUCCAAAUAAAUCACAAACAGAUUUAAAAAACACAACUGAACCAACAGAAAAUGCAAAAGAACAAGAUAAUAAAGAAAUCAUAAAUUUAACAAAUGACGAAUGGGAAUUAGAGUCCGUCCAACAUGAAAAUAUAGAAAAAGAAUUGCGAAGAUUAGACGGAAAUACGGGAGACACGCCGUUCAUAAGUGACAUUUUCGACCCUGAUCCUGCACCUGUGAAUUUUCACCAUACCAUUCCAUGUAUCGAAGAACAUAAGAAUACAGGAUCGUCCUUAAAUGAAAAUGCAACUGUGAUAGGCAACUUCAAAAGCUUUGCACUUCCAAAACCAUUAAUCUUAAAUAGGCUAAAAUUGGCUGUUAAGCCACCAGAAAGAAAAAAGAAAGUGGGCGAGGGGAAAAGACCCAAACAAAGAGCCAAGGCAACAACAUCCGCUUCGAAAGAAGGAGAGGAGGCUGCUGAAGAAGAUGAUGAAGAAGAAUCUGGUGAAGAAGGAGACUUGUCAAAGUAUGAUCUGUGGGGUAGUGAUGAUGACAAAAAUAAUGCUAAAACAGAAAGUAUGAACAAUAAGAAUGAAAGCGAAAAACCAGAGAAAGAAGUCUCAGCCGUUGAAGAGAGAAAUGUCUCAGCAGAAAGGAAAAGAAAAAGGUGUAGAUCCCGGAGCUCAUCUUCAUCUUCAAGUUCCUCUUCGAGUUCAAGUUCUAGUCACAGCUCUAAUGUGGAAACUCCAAAAAACAAGUUCGACGAUUUUAACUUAAACAAUGAACGGGAAUCUCCAAACCAGUCGCCGAAGAGUCGAAAGUCGGGAACUCGCUCUCGAUCACCCUGCUCGCGCUCCGCCGGGGAACCAGCUCGACGCCACUCAAGGGACAGCCGUUCUGCUGGUGAAACUAGAAGUUCCCGUGAUAAAGAAUGGUCCCGCGACCGUGAGAGGAGAGACAGGUCUCGCAGCAGUCGAGAUAAGUCGCGCCGGCACAGCCGCGAAGGCAACCAUUACGGGGCGCGGGGACGACACCGUUAA